GUCUCAGUGAUAGUUAAUGAGAUUAGCUGUCGUCUUAGCCUGUGUCAGUCCAAAGGGGUCAAUCACAGCAUUAGCACCUUGCUUAAGAGUUACAUCAGUUUAUUACACUUUUUACCUUAUCACUUUAACUUUCCCACUUCUGGCUCUUUGUGGGACAUUGCAUGUUUUGGUACAAUUUAGUCAUUGGAGUGGAAUAUUGAAAUGCAUCAAGCGGCUUUCGGACUGAGUCUGUCUCAACCCUCAGCCACUGAAUGAAGCAUCUUCCCGGGGAAGAAGAGGAGCAGGGGCAGCCAGAGAAGUGAAGGGCUGCUGGGCCAAAAUCUUGCCUGCUGUGGCAGAGUCUGAGACUCUGGACAAGUCAUCCUCAUGCUACUUGUAAAUAACAAAGUGGGCGAUGAUAGCACAGUCGGCACAGACAAGGCUUUGGCUGAUGGAAAGGCUCUGGUGGAUUCUUUGAUAAAGGUGGUGGCAUGUUACCGGCACUUGGCGUCAUGUGUCGGUGGGUGCACGGACAGCUUGCAGCUGCGGGAUGAGUUGCGACAAACGCGAGAAAAGGCUCAAAAGCUGGCCGUGGCCAUCUGUCACCAUCUGACCUCACAUCUCCGAAACAAGAGCCUGCCUGAGGAGCAGCGUAAGGAGAUGGAGCUCCUCUGGGUGGCCUUCUCCUCCAGCCUAGAGCUCCUCCAUGUUGACAUGUGCAAAGUUUUCAACAUGAGUGGCAUCUUCUCUCUGGCCAACACUGAUACCCUGGUGCAAACUGGCAUGCAAGGAGGAGGCAGUGAGGUAGCAGCUCGGGCACUCAGUCUGCCAGAACUGAACCAAGCUCAGAGCCCAGCCCUCCCUGCUGGUCUAGAGAGCCAGGAGCGCAGCACCAUGGAGCAGGAGAUCGGCCAAAUUGAUCACAUGAUUGAUGACAUGGAGAUGAAAGUCAACGUGUUGCGCUGGAUGGUGGAGCCCCAUGGGCCACAGUAUGCAGACCCGCUCAGCAGCACCGACAGCGCCUCCCUGGCUCUGCUCUCUGUUGAUGAGGAGCAACCUGGACACCAGCCUAUAUGCCAGCGCAGUCAGAUCUUUGUGCUCUUAUUGCUGUUUGCUGUUGUUUUGGUGGCAACCACUUUAUCUGUCUGCGUUGUCUUUUUCUCAUGAGCAAAACCUUAAUACACUCAACUUAUUUUUUUUCUGUAAAGCCUCAGCAAACACUGUAAAAAAAACUACUGCAAGUACAGUAGUUUUCUCUUUACUACUCCUUCAAAAAAAGGUUACAUUUUGUAACUGCAGCUAAAGUAUCUACCAGUGCAUAAGAUAAUUUGUCUAAUAUACUGAAAUAAAUCUGGAUGCAAACCAGUUUGCCAUUUAUUGCAGUGAAUCCAAAGCUGCCAUAUACUUUAAACUAUCUUUGUUGAACAAAGUGACAAUAGAAAUACACAGUUGCCAGUUAGAACUGAAUUCAUAAAAUUAAAUAAUUAUUAUUAUUAUCAUUAUAGGACAGUUCGUUUUACUUACUCAACUGUAAAAAGAUAGAGCUUAUACAGUAUUUUCCCUUUGUUUGUACAUUCUCCUGACUAGAUUGUGAUACAUGAAUGGAACAAUUUUUGGUUUUGAAAAAAGUCCAAAAGACACUUGUCACAUUUUGUUCCUUGUUGCCAUCGAGAAGACAUAGGUGUUGAUGCUUCGUAGUUGAUAUAUUGUAAUGCGCAGAAUAUUCACUUCCAAUGACUGAAGGUUUUUUUGAUUCAGUGUUACUUAUUGUGUAUAUAAUCUGUGUUGUAGAGAAAUGACAAUGUGUAGUUGUGCAUUAUAAAAGUAUCGACUUUGA